CUGAAGAUGGCGGAGCAGCGCGAGCGGCGCAGGAUGCGCUCACGAGACAUCAAAGUUCUUUCUGUGGCGUUCAGUUGAUUCGGAUUUUCACGACCGCUCUCAUAGUGGCCAUUUAAAAAGGAUGAACAGGAGGUUCUGUUAGAAAACGUUUCUUUCAUGCCUUGAUUGUUCAAGCAGAUACAUGAAGCGGCUGAAGGUUUUAAGCCAAAGCAACAACACCCUAAAGAACAAACAAAUGAGCUGUCUUUUCACAUGAUGCCUUCAGCUACUUAUGCAUAGGGUUGAUAUAUGGAUGAGAGGAGUACCAUACAAAAAGAGAGACACCGGAGCGGCGAUUCCGUCGCAGGCUAUGGGGGCCAUGGUGACCUAGAGUCAAUAGUCAUUUCCUGGCAGGACAACUUGAUUCCAGUUUAAUCCCUGCUUGCUGCUCUCUUUGUCUUCUACCUCCCUACCAGAGUGAGGCGCCACCCUCUCUCUGUUCCUGCCAAGACAGCUAUGGCUGGAGUGAGGAAGUUGGCACGAGUAGUCAGGCACCAGGGUCUCCACCACCUGAUCUUUGCACUCAUCCUCUUCUGUCUACUCUCCAUGGCCUACUUGGCUUAUCACGUCAGUGCUGGACCCAAGAUCAAGGAGGCCCCUGUGCCAUUACCACUGGGGGACUGUGUAGCUACAUCGGUAGUUGGUGGCGGACAAAGGACUCCACUGUUCCUGCCAUCACAGGUCAGCCAACGGCGACACUCGGCGAGGACAACAGACACCUCUCGGAUGGAGCCUGUGGUGUUACUCUUUGUGGAAAGCAUCUACUCCCAACUUGGACAAGAGAUCGUAGCCAUUUUAGAGUCAAGCCGCUUUCAUUACCACACUGAAAUUGCACCGGGGAAGGGGGACAUGCCUCCUUUGGCUUGGCGAGGUCGUGGCCGAUACACCCUCAUCGUCUAUGAGAAUCUGCUCAAGUACGUCAACUUGGACUCAUGGAACCGCCAGUUACUGGAUAAAUACUGCCAAGACUAUGGAGUGGGAAUCAUUGGCUUCUAUCGGGCAAAUGAAAACUCCCCAUCCAGCACUCAGCUUAGAGGCUUCCCUCUCUUCUUGCGUUCAAACCUGCCACUUUGGGAUUACAAAGUCAACCCUGCUGCACCCCUGCUCUACAUCACCAAACCUAAUGAGCUGGAACCUGGCCCUUUACCUGCGGACAACUGGACCAUCUUCCUGUCCAACCACAGCACUUAUGAGCCUGUGCUGUUAGCUAGCCCCAAACCAGCAGAACCCAAUCAGCUCCCAACACACUCACACCAACAGAGAGCACUGCUGGCUACGGUUAUGCAGGACCUAGGUCUUCACGAUGGGAUCCAGCGGGUGUUCUUUGGAGGUAGCUUGUCUUUUUGGCUGCACAAGCUGCUGUUCGUGGAUGCUGUGGGUUAUUUAACUGGCAGAAGGCUCAGCCUCUCGUUGGACAGAUUUUUGCUUGUGGAUGUGGAUGACAUCUUUGUUGGGAAGGAGGGGACACGCAUGAAAGUGGCAGAUGUUGAGGCGCUGCUUCACACACAAAAUAAACUCCGUUCUCUGGUACCUAAUUUCACCUUCAACCUGGGAUUCUCUGGCAAGUUUUUUCAUACAGGUACAGAUGAGGAAGAUGAGGGUGAUGACACCCUGCUUCGACACCGGCAGGAGUUCUGGUGGUUCCCGCAUAUGUGGAGUCACAUGCAGCCUCAUCUCUUCCACAACGUCAGCGUACUCGCAGAACAGAUGAGACUUAAUAGACAGUUUGCACUGGAGCAUGGGAUCCCGGGCAUCAAGGUGACCAGCACAGAAGAGUAUCCUCAUCUCAGGCCUGCCCGCUACCGCAGAGGCUUCAUACACAAUGGCAUACAGGUUCUCCCCCGGCAAACCUGUGGGCUUUUCACACAUACCAUCUUCUACAAAGAUUAUCCAGGAGGCCCUCAGGUGCUGGACAAGAGCAUUUGUGGAGGAGAGCUGUUUCUUACAGUGCUGCUCAAUCCGGUUAGUAUAUUCAUGACUCACCUGUCAAACUAUGGCAACGACCGGCUGGGCCUGUACACCUUUGAGUCACUGGUGAGGUUUGUGCAGUGCUGGACUCACCUGCGCCUGCAGACACUGCCUCCCGUCCGCCUCGCUCAGAAAUACUUCCAGAUUUUCCCUGAUGAGAGAGACCCCUUGUGGCAGAACCCGUGUCAUGACAAGAGACACAAAGACAUCUGGUCCAAAGAGAAGACCUGUGACAGACUGCCCAAGUUUCUAGUGAUUGGCCCUCAGAAGACCGGAACCACCGCGCUUCACUCGUUUCUUGGCCUUCAUCCUGCCAUUACCAGCAGCUUCCUCAGCCCCGUCACCUUUGAGGAGGUGCAGUUCUUCAGCGGACCAAACUACCAGCGUGGCAUUGACUGGUACAUGGAUUUUUUCCCCGUACCCUCAAACGUAAGCACAGACUUCCUGUUUGAGAAGAGCGCAAACUACUUUGACACUGAAGUUGCCCCGAAGAGAGCAGCCACCCUGUUACCAAGAGCCAAAAUCAUCUCUAUACUCAUCAACCCUGCUGACCGCGCGUAUUCCUGGUACCAGCAUCAGAGGGCUCAUCAGGACCCUGUGGCGCUAAACCACACGUUUCAUGAGGUGAUCUCUGCAGGGCCGUCGUCCCCCGCAGCUCUGCUGUCUCUGCACCGCCGCUGCCUGCAGCCUGGAGCCUACAGCAGCCAUCUGGAGCGCUGGUUACACCACUACCAGCCCAGUCAGCUGCUGAUCGUGGAUGGUGUGCAGCUGCGCUCCAGUCCUGCUCAGGUGAUGGAUGGCAUUCAGAAGUUCCUCGGAGUCACACCGUACUACAACUACACACAAGCGCUGACGUUUGACGAGAGUAAAGGUUUCUGGUGUCAGAAACUGGAGGCAGGACGUACUCGCUGUCUGGGAAAGAGCAAAGGAAGGAAGUAUCCAGAAAUGAGCCUGGAGUCGAGAGUGUUUCUGUCAGAGUAUUACCGCGAGCAGAACGUGGAGUUACUCAGGAUGUUGAAACGUCUGGGUCAGCCUCUGCCCAUUUGGCUCAGAGAUGAACUGCACAACGCCAGCUGGAGCUGAUAAAAACCUGCAUAAAGAGAACCAUGGCAGAACCCCGCUCCACACAGGAGAACUCGGGGCCCGUGUGCGGCAGGAGCCAAAAGAGGACUGACCCCUCUCGCCCUCCAUACUCCGCACAGGCUCUGAUGGAACAGACGGGCCGAUCACGCUGUCAGUCUGCAUGAAGCCCUCAACCUGGUUAUGGGAACUUGUAGUGGACGUUCAUGGGAGUCAUGGAUAUGGAAAUGGGAGCGACCCGAUUGGACAGCUUUAAAAAUACUUCUAGAGUGGUUGGAUAUCAGCUGUGAACUGGCUGUUUUGAAAUGCAAAUAUAGUCUUCUAGGAAGAGAGGGAAUGGCACAGAACCUCUAGGAGCAUUUUGUGGAAAUACCCAUGAAAGGAAGGGACUAUGAGAGGAUUAUUUAUAUUUUAUUCUCAAAAGUCUAACUCUGCUAAGCAGAAAAGUAUUUAAAUAUGUGUCUCAUAAAUGUAUGCCAUCUUGCUGCCUUUCUCAAAACAGUUGCUGUUGAGGUGAUUUCUGUUUGACGUCAAAAAACAUUGUGCAGCCCAAGAAGCUAUAAAGAAGAUUUGAGGUUAAUAUGUGGCUACUUUUAGCAGAUUUCCUUUUUAAUUUAAUAAACUUGGCAAAUG